GACACCCCCUUUAUUGAUGGUGCUGUCACUGCUGUGUUUCUCCUUUUUAUUCUGCAACAACCACAACUAAAACCCUUUUCCUUUUUUUUAAGAAUCCAUUCUUUUGUUUGUUCUAAAUUCUCUAAAAAGGAAGCCAAACCCCAAAGCAAAACUAUGUCAGGUUUGUAUAAUCCCAACUUCUCACCUGCAAGAGCUGCUUCUCCACAAAUUAGAAGCACCCCAGAUAUUGACAGUCAAUAUUUGUCAGAACUUUUGGCUGAACAUCAAAAGCUUGGACCUUUCACUCAGGUGCUCCCGAUAUGCAGCCGACUGUUAACUCAAGAGAUAUUUCGGGUUUCUGGAAUGAUGCCCAAUCAAGGAUUUGGUGAUUUUGAUAGACUGCGGCAUAGAAGCCCUAGUCCAAUGGCUUCUUCAAACCUUAUGUCAAAUGUUGGUGGUACAGGACUAGGUGGCUGGAAUGGCCUUCCUCAGGAGAGAAUAGGUGGACCACCAGGAAUGACAAUGGACUGGCAAGGUGCUCCUGCAAGCCCGAGUUCAUAUACUCUAAAGAGAAUUUUGCGAUUGGAAAUUCCUGUGGAUACUUAUCCCAAUUUUAACUUUGUUGGACGACUUCUUGGCCCAAGAGGCAAUUCACUGAAACGGGUGGAAGCUACUACUGGAUGUCGUGUGUACAUUAGGGGAAAAGGUUCAAUAAAGGAUCCAGACAAGGUAAGCUCACCGGAAGAUAAGCUGAGGGGAAGACCAGGAUAUGAGCACCUCAAUGAUCCACUCCACAUCUUAAUUGAGGCUGAUUUACCUGCCAGUAUUGUUGAUAUAAGGCUGAGACAGGCACAGGAGAUUAUAGAAGAAUUGCUUAAACCUGUGGAUGAGUCACAAGAUUUUAUCAAGAGGCAGCAGUUGCGUGAACUAGCAAUGUUAAAUUCAAACUUCAGAGAAGAAAGCCCUGGGCCAAGCGGUAGUGUCUCUCCAUUCAAUUCUAGUGGAAUGAAACGUGCAAAAACAGGGCGCUGAGAGUCUAUAUUUAUCCCUAUUUGAAAUUUGUUUUCACCCUGCUCCAGAAUUUCAUGGCUGAGUAUACCUUCUGAUACAGCUCAAUUCAGCACAGCUACAACAGGAAAGGAUUAGGCUAACAGUUCUUGCUGGUGAGCUUUUCUGGUGGGUUUCUUUUAUUUUGGCUUUGUUUUUGGGAAGAACAAAAAGUAAAACAAAGAAUGGAAGACAUUAAAAACAAAAAAAAAAAUGAAGUUAUAUAGUUGGUUCUUGAGUUGUAGGUCUUGUUGAGGUCAGAUUUUCCUGUAAACUUAAUACAUUCAUUGGAUUUAUUCUUGUGUCAGUAACUUUGAGGAGUGUGGAAUAUAUUUAAUGGGGUCCAAGCAUUAGGUCCUAUCACAAGAAAAUCAGAGUUUUGUAGGUGUGUUUAUGUCUAUAUAUUCUUAUUAAAAAAAAAAAAAAAA